AUGUGGGAUUUGUUUGGAUGGUUCAGAGAUAUUUUGUCGUCUCUCGGUCUAUGGAAUAAACAUGGUAAACUGUUGUUUUUAGGUUUAGACAAUGCGGGCAAAACCACAUUGCUUCACAUGUUGAAAAAUGACAGACUAGCCACUUUGCAACCUACUUGGCAUCCAACCUCUGAGGAAUUGGCCAUUGGAAACAUCAAAUUCACCACUUUCGAUCUUGGUGGCCAUAUUCAAGCCCGUCGUUUGUGGAAGGACUACUUCCCAGAAGUCAACGGCAUCGUGUUCUUAGUGGACGCUGCAGACCCAGAAAGACUUAACGAAGCGCGCGUGGAGUUGGACGCUUUGUUCAACAUUGCAGAGCUAAAGGACGUUCCUUUCGUCGUUUUGGGUAACAAGAUCGAUUCGCCAAACGCCGUUUCAGAGACCGAGUUAAGAUCUGCUCUAGGUCUCUUGAACACCACUGGUGGUGCCAGGAUCGAAGGCCAAAGACCUGUGGAAGUAUUUAUGUGCUCUGUGGUCAUGAAGAACGGAUAUCUAGAAGCCUUUCAAUGGCUCUCGCAGUACAUUUAG